GAGGCAGGUGCGUCACAGAUCUUUUAUUUCAGCUCUUUGGUCCUGACAUUUCAGCUCAGGGAGGGGAAAUGAGUAGAAGAGACAGUCAGAAAGGGAAAGGGAAUGAAGGGGAAGUGCAUUGAGGAAAGUUAUUUGUGUAUUUUCCGGCCAGUGCUGCAGUGAGAGAGGAAGAAAAAGGGGAGAAAAACAGGCAGACGUAUAACGGCAGGACUGUAGCCGGGGACAUCUUUCUGAUACAGAUCAGGCACCUGGAGGCUCUGGAUGCUGCACAGUCAGACAUCCAUUCAUCCCGACACAGAAGAGUCAAACAUUUAAGUGCAAGACGACAUGAAGACCGGGAAGAAAUCCUUCAUAGCUUUCAUCAAGGAAAGAAAAAUGGGUCUGAAUGAUUUCAUACAGAGACUGGUGUCUACACCACAUAUCUGCCAACAUGUUGAAGUCAACAAUUUUCUGAAGAUUAAUGAGAAUGAAAAGGAGCAUGAUGAAAAUGAUGAACUUCCUGAAAGCCAGACGUACCUACAUUCACGAAGCUCAUUAGCAGAGGAGACUCAGAUCAAACCUUGUGAUUUUGACUACCUCAAAAUCAUCGGCAAAGGCAGCUUUGGAAAGGUUCUGCUGGCUCGACACAAGGAGUCCACUAAAUACUACGCCGUCAAGGUGCUACAGAAGAAAAUCAUCCUGAAAAAGAAAGAGCAAAAGCAUAUUAUGGCUGAACGCAGCGUGCUGAUGAAGAACCUCAAGCAUCCCUUCUUGGUGGGGCUGCACUACUCCUUCCAGACGACAGACAAAUUGUACUUUGUGCUCGACUAUGUCAAUGGGGGCGAGUUGUUCUACCACCUUCAAAGGGAGAGGAUCUUCCUGGAACCCAGAGCCAGGUUCUAUGCUGCUGAAAUUGCAAGUGCACUUGGGUACUUACACUCCCUGCAUAUUGUAUACAGGGACUUGAAGCCAGAGAACAUCCUGCUAGAUUCACAGGGCCACAUUGUUCUGACAGAUUUUGGCCUCUGCAAAGAAGGUCUUGAGCCCAAUUGCACCACUACAACCUUCUGCGGCACACCUGAGUAUUUGGCACCAGAGGUUCUCCAGAAACAGGCGUACGACCGAACAGUGGACUGGUGGUGUUUGGGAUCUGUGCUCUAUGAGAUGCUGUAUGGACUUCCACCAUUCUACAGUCGUAACACCGCGGAGAUGUACAACAACAUCCUCCACAAGGCUCCAGCACUCAGACCCAACGUGUCAAACUCGGGGAGAGAACUGCUGGAGGGGCUCCUGCAGAAAGAUCGGACCAAAAGACUGGGAAUGAAAGACGAUUUUCUUGAACUCAAGUAUCAUUCCUUCUUCUCUCCAAUCAACUGGGAUGACCUGAUGUCCAAGAAGCUCACACCGCCCUUCAUUCCCUCAGUGGCUGGUCCCACAGACCUCCAACACUUUGAUCCAGAGUUCACGCACCUCCCCGUGUCCUCAUCGCUGUGCAACACCGACACCCUGACUGUGACCAGCAGCAUCAAGGAAGCAGCUGGAGCCUUUCCCGGCUUCUCCUACGGGCCUCCAGCAGAAUACUCCUUCAUGUGACUGACAUCUGUGUUUUUGUUGCAUCAAAUCACAGGAAGCGCGACAAAAGCUCUGGAUGGAGAGACAGAGGACCCACAGUGAAGCAGCCUGCAUAGGCAGACAUCACCGGGGGUCUACCUGACAAAAUGGACACAAUUACAGAUGAGGCAGAUUUGGGGGGGAAUAUUGUACAGAAUGUGAACCUUCCUCUUCUGCCUCAACUGUGACAAAACGUGUGCCAAGUAUGAUAAUGAGGGUGCACUCUGAACUCAUGGGGUCAUUAACCAUCCCUCCCUAAGAAGAGACAUGAAGAGAAGUGCCUGAGGUUCAAUCGGCAGUUUGGACAUUUCGGCGCAACAGCAGUGAGACGUCCUUAUCACAACUGGAAGCUCUUAAUCUCUAACGAGCGUCUUGAGCUGUGUGCCGCCUGAUAAGGACGACGCCUUCAUUACUUAUCUGCAUAUGUUAAAUCUGUAUUUGUGUCGGAAUUCACAAUGCAUGUUUUUCCAUGUAAAUGCUGAAUUGCACUUGAGGAAAGGAGCGGUCAAGAAAGGUCAAACAAUGCUGUCUUCAGCAGCGACUCGUUGGGAUUAGACCGCUUUAAUCAUAAUCCGAGCAAUUAAAUGACAACAGCAUCUCAAUAAUCAGAUCAAGUAGUGAUAGUUAGUCUAACUGUGGUACUUUCUGACCAGUUUGUCCUCACUAACGGAUGAUCAAAGGUUUUACUGUACUGUGUAGAAA